AUGAAGAAAUUGAGGGAUAAGGAUGCUUCUAAAUCGAAGAAGUCUACUUCACAAGCAAGUAAAAAGAAAUUUGAUGAUUCCGGCCGAUCACUUCUGCCGAAGCAUUCGUACAAGAAUAUACAACCUACAAUCGAAGAAGUUAGUAGGUUGAAUUUGUCCUUUUCAAAAGAUUUUGAGACAUGUGAUCCAACAACUUAUGCUUCAACAUUCGAUUCUGGAAAUUUGAAAAGGACAACAGAUGAACUUCAACAGCGUGUUGAUACCAUUGCUGAAGAAUUUGGUGAUUUCAGCACUAUACCGUCGCAAAAAAUUCUCAUAAAGGCGGAUUUUGCAUCACCUGUAUCACCUGACCAACCUUUGAAGAAAAGAAAGGCUGUCAUGUUCAAGCAAAAUAAUCAAGCGGUGAUGGUUGAUGAUACAUCUGGACGUGAUCAUGCAGUACAACAUGUGUCUGAUUUGUAUAGUGAAACGCAUAAGGAUGCAACAGACAAGGGAGAAAUUGGUGUGUCUGAAAUUCAACAUCAUCAUCAUGGAGAAAUUGGUGUGUCUCCUCAGAGUCAUCAGCACAAGUCUUUUGCUGAAAAGAUAGCCGAACUGGUUACACUAAUAUCAAAAAUACCUACUGAGGUCAUCAAAGCAUUGAAGAAUGAAGAAAAUAAGCAAUCACAGGAGGAGAAAAUUGAUGAACAACAACAAAGUCAAGAAGACGGAUCCAACAAGCAGGAGAGACCACAUAAGGAGGAUAUGCAGCAUGAAGAUUAUGAUAAGGGAUCACUCAACGAUAUGGAAGUGUCUCGAGAUGAAAGUAGCACAUUCUUGCAGAGCAACAGUUGCUGGAAUUUUUUUCCCCUUAAUAGUUGUUACGAUGUGAAUGCAGCCAACAAAGAGGCAGGUCGUGAGGAUGAUUUUGAAAAUGAGGACUAUUCUGAUUUGCAAGCUUUGGAGGAUGAAGUUGGUGGGACAAUAACUGAUUCAAUACAAGCAGCUGUAGAUACAAUUUUAUUUGGUCUGUCAACACCUUCAACUACAAAGUCAUUGGAUGUUGCCUUAAAAGCAAAAGCACCUGUCAAACGAGAAAGAAAGAAGUCCAGAAUUUUAAGGUCACCAUACAUUUCAAAGUAUGAUUUUGGCUCUAAGGAUGCGGUUGAUUUCGAUAAAGAGGAGAAGAUGAAGUAUGCUUUUGAUGGGUACAACAUUAACCUAGAUUUGCCAAAUGAAUUGAUGAUUGAUUACUCCCAGUGUAUUGCCGUAGGAUUACUGAAAACUCGUUCUGCCAAGAAAGAAACGGACAAUCACUAUCGAGUAAAUGCUUCUGGAUUAGGUUACAGACAAUUGAACUUUGUCGUUGCACACCCACAGUCUAAGAAUUGA